AUGAACUGGAAAGGUGUUCUGCGUAUUUGCUCUAAUGCCGGAGUUACUCACAGGGGAAUUUACCCCCAAUUUCCCAUUUCCGCGUGCCGCCUAACCUCCCCCUUUGAUCGAAAAUCAGCCUGGUCGCUUCGAUAUUCAUCACAAUGGACGUCCAACCCGAGAGUCUUCCCAGUCUUCGACCUUGGGUUAUUAGAUUCAUCACUCAAAAUCGAAGAAGAGCUUGCGAUGGGACAUGAGCCCAACGAGGCAUACACAUAUCCCGCCGAGGAGGAAGAAAUCCUGAACGACAGGUAUCAAGUUCUACACAAGAUCGGCUAUGGACCCACGGCAACUGUCUGGUAUGCCUUCGAUAUAAUGGAGCCCAGAAUGGUUGUUUUGAAGAUCUAUGUGGUGGACCAUAUGCUCAAGACUUAUGGGUGGGUCCACCCACCAAAACCAUACGAGCAAAGCGAGUGCCCUCUUCACGAAGUUAGCGAUCGUUUCCCUAUCAAGGGUCCUCGGGGCCCUCAUAUUUGUGUUGUUCACGAGGGACCACCGAUAGACCCAGAUCAGAUGCACCUAGGGGAAAAGAUGGACCUCGAGUCGAUAAGGUCUACAAUGAAACAAAUGCUGGUCAUGAUGGAUUUCCUACACACCGAUUGUUAUCUGACUGCCCGAAUAAAGCCAAACGAAGUAUUUAACUUUACUUCCACCAACAGACGACAUACUGGACCCAGCAAUCACGAGCUCAUCACCCCAAUGAUACUCCCAGGGGAUGGCGUUCCCCUCCAUCUGGACUUCCCAGACAAUGACAUGCCCGGUAUCAUCGAAAAACACUGCAGGCCUCCUGAACAGGUCCUGAAAUCGAAAUGUGAUCACAGGGCAGAUAUCUGGGCUAUUGCUUUUGCUGCAUGGGAUUACACCAGUUCCCAAGGACUCAUUGACGGACGAAACUCAGACGGAGCCUUUGAUGACCGGGUCCACAUCGCAGAGCUGGUUUCUCUACUUGGGCCUCCUCCGCCAGAGUUCAGCGAGAAGAUGCGACUAGGCUCCAUGUUCUGGGACAGAGAAGGGAAUUGGACGGGCCAAGCUUCCAUACCAGACCGAAGCUUGGAGAGCCUGGCAGCUGACAACGUUGACGGCGAGGAUGUUGAAGGCUUCGUGGGGUGGAUGCGCAAAGCGCUACAAUGGGAUCCUGAAGAUCGGCCAACGGCCCUGGGGCUCUUGCGUCAUGAAUGGAUGGCCCGGAAGAUGAAAAUUGUGGAGGGAGAGGGUGUAGAUGAAUCUGAGGACAGCACCCAAGUCUAG